AUGGCGGGGAAUUCAAUCCUGCUGGCUGCUGUCUCUCUUCUCUCCGCCUGUCAGCAAAGAGGCCUGGGCAAUUAUUUUGGUUUCCAGGUUGGAAGGGCAAGAAUGAAACACAAAAUUAUGCCCCCAGCAGUCGCUGGGUCACUGGAGUUUGAGAGAGUGUUUCGUGCACAGUAAAACUGUGUGGAGUUUUAUCCCAUAUUCUUGACUGCAUUGUGGAUUGCUGGAUGGUAUUUCAACCAAGUUGUUGCUGCUUGCCUGGGUCUGGUUUACAUCUAUGCCCGUCAGCGGUACUUCUCUGGAUAUUCAGAAGCUGUUCAAAAAAGGAUGACUGGCUUCCUACUGAGCCUGGGGGUGCUGGCUCUGUUGGCUCUCCUAGGCGCCCUGGGGAUUGCAAAAUUUCUGGAUGAAUACCUGGACAUCGACAUUGCCAAGAAGCUGGGGUGGCACUUCUGAUUGCUCCUUUUCGCUUCACUGUAAUGCCUGCACCUUGGUGUCAUUACUGAAGGUACUAUGGUGUCACUGGUCAAUUAAAAAAAAAAAUUAAAAUCUUUUUAAAAAAUGGCUUUGUAGAAACACACCCUAUGGAAAAUAACUUCCUGUUUAAGAACUGAAUUCAUCUGAGAGGGUGGGGAUGUGCACAUCGCUAGUGGGUUUGCGGUAGGGCUCUGGUCUCCGAAGUCCCUACGUAAGUCCUGACUGGGUACGUGUGGCUGAAGCAGUCUGACCCAUGGGCUCUCUGUGGGCUCAGACACAGCCUGCCUCCAAGAUGGCUUCUCCCUUGAUGGGGAAGACUCAUGCUGAUAGGCAGCCAAGCCCACUGCGCUAAUUGCAGGAAAGCAACAGAUGGAUGCUCAUAGUGGAAGUGAGACCAACACAGCGUCGCCAGAAUCGUCCAUAAUAGGACAAAACAAAUCUGUCUGUGAAGAUGUACUUUAUAAGCGAGAACAGGGAAAAAAGGUGUACCAGGAAGGUGCACCA